AAAAUAUAUUUUAUAUAUCUCAAUUACAGUUUAUUGGUGGUGUUUUUAAUAUCAAAAUCUUAAAUUCCAUGAAACUUUAUUUUUAGAUCACCAACCCUAAAUUGAGCUUAUUAAAAAAUCAGACUUAAUCAUUUUUUCCCAUAAUAUUCCCAUGCUACAAACACAUUGCACCAUUCUUUCUCAAUGAUUUUCUUUUUGAUGAUCUCUUGCCGCAUCACUGUUUUAGGCUAUUAGGAAGAAGGAUUAAUUAGAGCUCAAUGGAUGAAUAUGAUUCAUGCGGCCAACAGGCCCAACAUUAUUGAGUUAGUGCAUUCCUUUAGUUUGUGAUCACCUUGCUAAUGGACUAAGUUAAAAGUGAAUAUAUUUGAUUUUGUAUCAACAAAUGUGUUAAGCAACAAAUGUUUUAAGAACAUAUUCAGGGAUCAUAUGGAUGCCAUAUCAUCUACAAGAUAUAUAUGUGUACGGUCAGCAAUUAACUGCAAAGUUGUCUAGCUCCAUCUUCACUGAGAUACUAUGGUCUUGGUCUUGAGAUUGAAACUAUAUUGUUAAGCUCCAAUUUGCAGGGAUUGCAUACCCUAACUCGUUCCCUGACUUCCCUAACUUGGCUACUUGGCAAAGCUUGCGUAGAAGGCUCUUCAAUAUUUAUACACAUAUGAGAGCCACAAUUCUUACUCCAAUGGUAACACUUCCUCAAUACAUGAUGUCAAAAACAUUCAAGCAUUGUGAAAGAACUAAGUUAUGGAGAAAACAAGAUCUAUACUUGGCUAAAUUAACAAAAAAGGUGGGUAGAUUUGAUGAUAUGAUGGAGAUUAUGGAGAAGGUUGCCCUUGAGACGGCUGCUGAGAAGGAGUUAACUGCAGAGGAGCGCGAACUCCUUUCGGAAGCUUAUGGCAGUGCCAUCUUAUCUCGAAGCACCGUAUUGAAGAACAUCUCUUCAAUAAGAAUGGAAGAGACAGAGCUCGACCACUGAAACCAUAUCGACUCCAUUCCCAUCUUCGAGGAACGGGCCGAAUUCGAUCUAUCGUCAAUAUGCAAAAACAUUGUCCAAUUCAUUGACUCCAUUCUCAUCCCAGGCGCUCACAAAUCUGAAUCCAAGGUUUUCUACCUUAAGAUGAAGGGAGAUUAUUACCGUCACCUGAUAGAGUUGAAGACAGAAUCCCAGUGCAAGGACGCUAUUGAUAAUACCUUAUCCUUUUAUAAGACGGCUUUGGCAGAAUUAGCGCCACUAAAUCCAAUCCGUCUACAAUUGGCAGUAGAUUUCUCGACAUUCUACUAUGACGUUCUAAAGUCUCUACAGAUGACAUGCACUCUUGUCGAUCAGGCCAUCAACGAUGCAACUAGAGAUAUGGCUGCCCAAUUAUCGAUUAUCCAAGUUCUUCACGACAAGGUUGAUUCAUGGAGAUCAGAGUUGGUAGUAUUUCUCUUCAUUUUAAAGUUAACUUUAUACUUUACAAGUGCAAACUUGGUUUUUUGAAAAAAUAAGGGCAUCUUAGCCAUUUAAGACUAUAUUUGAGAAAUUUUUUAAUAUCAUUGUCAGGAUGCUUUAACUUAAUUGUUUUUGAUAAUGAUGCUUGUUAUAUAAAAAAGUCACUAUUCUUGUUGAUUUUUUUUUUUUUUGCAUGAUACUGGCGAUGGUGAUCAGAGAAGCGACGAAACCUGAUGGCAGAGCUUUGUGAUUCAUCUAAGUUUGUAGUUUUCAUUUUGCAUUUGAUAGAGAGAUGGAGUCUGUAAUCAUAGGUAGAAUGGACUACCAUGGGAAAGUUACCUUAGUAAUUUCCUAUUAACAUGGUAUUAGAAUUGAAUGAACUAGAUGAUUGAUACUUUGUCAUGAUAAUAAUGUUUGGCAUGUGUUGCCUUUUGUAAUUACAAUCUUAUGGUUUUGAAACUUAGUCUCAGUAUCAGUUAAUAUUUUUUUAAAUUUCUUUCUUUUUAUUUAUUUUGACUUAUGUGAAAUAAAUGAGUCAUUUUUGUA